AUGAAAACAUUGUUACUACUUCUAUUAUCCACAUUCUCCCUUUCAAUGGGACAACCAUCUCCAACUCAAGUUCGAGACCUUGAUGGGAACUUGGUACGUUCUGGUACAGAGUACUACAUCUUGCCUGUGAUCCGAGGAAUGGGUGGUGGCCUUAUACUGGCCUCCACGAGAAAUGAUUCAUGUCCGCUUGACGUUGUCCAAGCCAACAAAGAAGUCUAUAAUGGCAUGCCAUUGACAUUCAUACCAGUGAACCCAAAGAAAAGUGUCAUUCGGGAAUCAACAGAUCUCAACAUUAUAUUCUAG